UUGGUAUACAGAUUUUUUUUUUUUGCAGCAGGAAUAUCAAAGUUGAGUAUUUGGGGUUAGGGAAAAUUACUUAUAGGGUAAAAGUCAGCGGGGAUAAAGAGUGGGGCGUUUCGAGCAAAGUUCCAAUUGAGACGUCACGUUGGAGGUGGCGCCCACUUCCUGGUCCAUGUGUCAGUAGCCGAGGUGGAAACGAGUUUGGUUGGGCACUACUAUUGGGGAGGCCAGAGAGGAUUUUAAAGGACAACCACUGCAGGCGUUGUCCCUAGAAUCAGAUAUGGUAGUGCUAAGAGAGGGAGAUUAUGUGUGGGUGGAUUCCAGCAUCGGGGUGCCAAUCGGCGCCCAGGUCAAAGUCACGGGUGCUGGACACCGGCUGCUCAUUGACGAUGAAGGAAAGGAGCACAAGAUCACCAAGAAGAACGAGGGCUCAAUUCGGCCUAUGAACCCCACUUCUGUCAGCGGGGUGGACGACAUGAUCCAACUAGGCGACCUCAAUGAAGCAGGCCUCCUCCGCAACCUCUUGAUCCGUCACAGAGAAGGCCUCAUAUACACCUACACAGGCUCCAUCCUGGUAGCAGUCAACCCCUACCAGCUGCUGCCCAUCUACACGGCCGAGCAGGUGCGCCUCUACCACAACCGGCGUCUGGGCGAGCUGCCCCCGCACAUCUUCGCCAUCGCCGACAGCUGCUACUUCAACAUGCGGCGCAACCUCAGGGACCAGUGCUGCAUCAUCAGUGGGGAGUCUGGUGCUGGCAAGACGGAGAACACCAAGCUCAUGCUGCAGUUUCUGGCCGCCGUGAGCGGUCAGCACUCCUGGAUCGAGCAGCAGAUCCUGGAGGCCAACCCCAUUCUAGAAGCCUUCGGCAACGCGAAGACCAUUCGAAACGACAACUCCAGCCGCUUCGGGAAGUACACCGACAUCUACUUCAACAAGAACUGGGUCAUCGAGGGGGCACGCGUGGAGCAGUACCUGCUGGAGAAGUCCCGCGUCUGUCGCCAGACUGCAGAAGAACGAAACUACCACAUCUUUUAUUGCAUGUUGUUGGGGAUGCCAGCCGAGCAGAAGAAGACUCUGUCUUUGAGAGGUGCUGAAGAGUACACCUACCUGACUAUGGGAAACUGUACCACCUGUGACGGAAGGGAUGAUGUCAAAGAGUAUGCGCGCAUCCGCUCGGCCAUGAAGAUCCUAACCUUCACAGAGAAGGAAUCCUGGGAGAUCUUCAAGUUGCUGGCUGCCAUCCUCCACCUGGGCAAUGUCAACUUCGAAGGCACUAUCUUGAACAACAUGGAGGGCUGUGACAUCAUGAACUCAGAUCAUUUCAAAAUGGCCGCUAAGCUGCUGGAGGUGGAUAUCCAGGCAUUGGAAACCAGUCUUACAUAUCGCUCCAUCCUGACCAAUAGGGAGAGUGUGACUAAGCCCCUCACCUCCGAACAGGCUAUGGAUGGCAGGGAUGCCUUCGUCAAGGCCAUUUAUGGGAGGAUGUUUGUAUGGAUAGCUGAGAAAAUCAACAGUGCCAUCAACAAGUCUCCUUCUAAUGGUCCUACCUAUGUCCGUAAAUCCAUUGGGCUGCUGGACAUUUUUGGCUUUGAGAAUUUCAACAAGAACAGCUUUGAACAGCUGUGCAUCAACUUUGCGAACGAGCAGCUGCAACAGUUCUUCGUGCAGCAUGUCUUCAAGCUGGAGCAGGAGGAGUACAACUGCGAGAACAUAGUCUGGAAGAACAUCGUCUUCAACGACAACCAACGCACCUUGGACUUGAUGGCAAUCAAGCCCCUCAACAUCUUGGCCCUCAUCGAUGAAGAGAGCACCUUUCCAAAGGGUACGGACAUUACCAUGUUGAACAAGAUGAACCAAGUGCAUGGGAAGAGCAAAAUAUACCUCCCUCCUAGGAACUACCAUGACAAGCAGUUUGGGAUCCAGCACUUUGCUGGAGUGGUCUACUAUGACUCCGAAGGUUUUCUGGAGAAGAACAAAGAUUCCGUUAGCACAGACAUCAUGAAGCUGGUGGAAAACUCAUCCAGCAAGCUCCUCAAGCAGAUCUUCAGAUCUGACAUCACAUCAAAUGCAGUGAUGAGCUCUGCCCGCAAUGGUCGGGUAAUACUAACCCCGAAAAGUACCCUGCGGCAAAUGUCAGAAACAAGGAAGCAGAUGCCCACACUGAGUGGUCAGUUUCGCCAGUCCCUCGACUCCCUGAUGAAGGCCUUAUCAGACUGCGAGCCCUACUUCGUGCGCUGCUUUAAACCCAACGAGUACAAAAAGCCCUUGCUGUUUGACAGGGAGCUGUGUAUGAGACAGCUACGUUACUCUGGGAUGAUGGAGACCAUUCGAAUUCGCAAAUCGGGGUACCCCAUCCGGCACACCUUUCAGCAGUUCCUGAAUCGGUACCGGGUGCUGCUGAAGACCACCCUUUGUGAUCCCAAAAAGGAACGUGCAGACAAGUGCUGUGACUGUAUCUGCAAGGCUGUCAUUCAAGGGGCAGGAGACUGGAAAAUUGGAAUGACAAAGAUUUUUCUGAAGGAUUUCCAUGACUCCCUACUGGAGCUAGCGAGAGACAAGGAGAUCCACCGGAAAGCCGCCAUCAUCCAGAGGGUCAUGCGAGGCUACAAACACAGGAAGAACUUUGUCUCGCAAAGGAAGGCAGCGUUGCUCAUACAGAAGACCUGGAGAGGCUACAAAGGCAGGCAGCAGCACAGAAUGGUCCAGCUGGGUUACCGCCGACUGCAGGCUAAGAUCCGCGCUCGACGGAUGCGCUCGCACUACAUGCAGAAGCAGGAGGCGGCCGUGCUGCUGCAGGCCCAAGUCCGGGGAUACCUGAACAGGAAAGAGUGGGACCGCAAGAAGAAGGCCGUCAGGGUGCUCCAGGCCCACACCAGAGGAGCGCUGGCCCGGAAGACCUACAAAGGCAUCAAGGAUGCUGCCUUCCUUUCUGCCCAGGAGAAGCGAGCCCAGGAGGAGCACGCCCAGGAGCUGCAGCGUCGUUUGGAGGAGGUGCUCCAGAAGCAGGAGACCAGCACUGCGUCCCGGGAGGAAAUUAGCGACCAGGAAAUGGUGGAGAACAUCUUCGGCUUUUUGCCUACCACAGUCGGUGGGCAGGAGGGACAAGCUCCUGUCGGCUUUGAGGACCUGGAGGGGAAGAAGGUUGUGUUGGAGGAAGUUGACACGGAAGACAUUCCUAUUGUGGAGGAAGCUCCUGAGAAGGAAGAGGAGGAAAUUGAUGAUGAGCACUCCUUUGCCAAAUUUGCCUCCAUGCACUUCCAGAACUCAGCCACACACACCCACAUCAAUCAGAGGCUGCGCCGCACCCUGCUGUUCCACGAUGAUGAAGGCGACGCCCUGGCUUGUCUGACCGUGUGGUGGAUGAUCCUGAGGUUUAUGGGAGACAUCCCUGAGCCCAAACAGCAGGACCAGGAUGAGAACCAGUCCAUCCAACAAAACCUGGGACAAAGGAAGGACCGUCGCCUUAGCAACCUGGUCGGCCUUGAACAGAAACUCCUGAAAAGACACAAAAAAGGGAGCAAAGGGAGUGGUCCCAGCAGAAGGAAACCUUCAAUGAUUCCUGAAGAGCCUGCAGCGGAAGCCCCAAACGUCUCUGCAACACCACCUCCAAAGGAGGAGGGUUAUGUAAUGAUUGGAGAAGGACCCACCCUGGAUCGGCCAAUGACAUCUCUGGAAAAAAUCCAUGUCAUUGUUGGAUAUGCUAUCGUCAGACCAGACACCAGGGACGAGAUCUACUGUCAGAUCUGCAAGCAGUUGGCAAAGAACACGAACCGCAACAGCUGCGUCCGUGGCUGGAUUCUCCUGUCCAUCUGUCUCGGCAUCUUCCCGCCGACUGAUCGCUUUAUCAAGUACCUCCAAAACUUCAUCCAUGCUGGUCCGGCUGAACACUCGGCUCACUGUGCCGAGAGGCUCCAUCGCGUCAUGGCUAAUGGGGUGCGCAGUGAGCCCACUUGCUGGGUAGAGCUGCAGGCCACCAAGACCAAAAAGCCCAUAGUAGUAUCGGUAACCCUAAUUGAUGGCAACAACAUCAGUGUGCGCCUGGACUCGGCAUCCACCUCCAGCGAAGUCUGCAAAUUCAUCGCCCGGAAAAUCAACCUGCAGGACACCUUUGGCUUCUCUCUUUACAUCGCUUUGUAUGAAAAGGUGUGGUCACUGGGCAGUGGUGGAGACCACGUGAUGGAUGCAAUCUCACAGUGUGAGCAGGAAGUGAAGAGGAAGGGCGGGGAGGAGCAACACGCCCCCUGGCGCCUUUAUUACCGUAAGGAGAUAUUCACCCCCUGGCACAACUGCCUACAGGACGCCCUCAGCACUGACCUCGUCUACAAACAGAUCAUCCGAGGGCUGAAGUGUGGGGAGUAUCAAUCCGACAAGGAGGAUGAUUUUGUACAGCUUGCUGCAAAGCACUUCUACGUACAGUUUGGGGCCGACACUAGGGACGAAAAUGCAAAGAAAGUCGUGGAAGAGUGCAUAAUCAUCAAUCUGGUUGAAACAAAGUCAGAAGCCAAAUUGGUGCAGCUGGUGAAAGCAGCACACAUUCAGAAUCCUUACAUAAAUUCCAAGACGGAUCCUGGCCUUGUGAAAAAGGAAGUGGUUGAUUACGCUCGGCAUAGAUGGCCUAUGCUCUUUGCUAAGUCAUUUAAAGUUGUAAAGAUAUCAGGUCCCGUUUUACCCCAAAACACGUUCGUUGUCACCGUCAGCUGGACUGGAAUCUUUUUCUUGGAUGAGAAAGAGAGAUCUCUCCUGGAACUUUCUUACCCAGAGGUGACUGGGAUCAACCUAGAGAGUGAUGAAAGGUCUUCUGGCCAGUUAGUCUAUCUCUCCACGCUGAAGGGGGACUUCACCCUCAGCGCUGUCUCGGCUGUGGACAUGGUAGAGCUGGUGCACCAGUUUCUGGAGGGGCUGAAGGAACGUUCCCGAUACUGUGUAGCCUUGCAGGAUGUGAACCGGCAAGAUGAUCCCACAUUUCUCAGCUACAAGAAAGGAGACAUGCUCCUCAUUAUCAAAGACAACGAGCCCUCGUCCGACCGCAGUUGGAUGAAAUGCCAAAAUGAGCGAACCGGUCAGAUUGGGGCGGUGUCUACAGAUGCUGUCUUGGUUCUGGCCACUUUGGAAAAGCCCACUAAUGAAGUGUUGAGUCUCCUGAACCUGUCACCAGAGCAAAGGGUUAGCAUUGUACAGAAUGCCAAGAAAGAGGAAGGCGCCAGCGACAGAGUGGCACCCAUCUCACUCAAAGAAUUCUCCUUUGAGUACUUCCGGCAGCCCAGCAAAGACCGGCAGGCGCUCUCCAGGGAGAGGCUGUGGGCCAUCUCUCGGGAGCCCCUGAAGCAGCCGCUGCUGAACAGCCUGGUGGGCAACUCUGAGCUGAGUCAUCUGGCCUGCAUGUCCUUCACUGCCAUCUUGAAAUACAUGGGAGAUUACCCUGUAAAGCACGUACGUGGCCCACUUGAGCUCACGGACCAGAUCUUCGGCCCAGCCACGCAGCACGAGGAACUGAGGGAUGAGGUCUACUGCCAGAUCAUGAAGCAGAUGACCAGCAACGGCAACAUGCUCAGCUUGGAGAACGGCUGGCAGCUGAUGUGGCUGUGCUGCGGACUGUUCCGACCCAGCCAGGUCCUGCUGAGGCACACGCAGCGCUUCCUGGAGUCCCGGCCGAGGGAGCCCCUGGCCUCCGACUGCCUCCAGAGGCUGCAGGGCAUAAUGCGAAUUGAACCCAGGAAGAGGCCUCCUCACCAGGUAGAGGUUGACGCCAUCCAGCAGAACAGCACCCAGAUCUUCCACAAAGUGCACUUUCCCAAUGACACAGAGGAGCUCUUUGAGGUGACCACCACCACCAGGAUCAGGGAGCUCUGUCGCAGCAUUGCCAACAAACUCAUGCUGUCAUCACCUGACGGUUAUAGUCUUUUUGUAAAAACUCCUGAAAAGGUGCAGAGCUUGAAGGAUACAGACUACUUCUUUGACAGCCUGAGGCAGAUCACCGAAUUGUCUAAGAAAGCAAGAGCCAAAGAGUCAAAGAAAGUCAAAGAGGGAAUACCAACAAGUAUGCCGUACCUUGUGUUCUUCAUGAGGAAACUGUGGUUCAAUGUGUCCCCUGGGAGAGAUUGGAAGGCUGACCUCAUUUUCCACUUCCCCCAGGAGCUCCCGAAGUACCUGCGUGGGUACCACAAGUGUACCAAGGAGGACAUGUUCAACCUGGGUGGCCUUCUGUUCAGAACAAAGGUCGACACUGACAGGUCGGAGUUUAUCAUGAUCCCCAGGAUGCUGAAGGACCUGGUGCCCUCUGACCAGCUGAACGCCGCAUCCCCUGAGGAAUGGAAAAAGAACAUAAUCGCAUCUUACAACAAGCAGGCCGGAAUGACAGUGGAUGAAGCGAAAGUGGCGUUCCUGAAGGUCAUUGCCAAGUGGCCCACCUUCGGCUGUACUUUCUUUGAAACGAGGCAAACCUCCCAAUCCAGUUUACCAGGUGUCAUAAGGUUAGCAAUCAGCAAGCACGGAGUUGCCAUCAUUGAUCCCAAAACUAAGGAUGGGCUUGCGAAAUACACAUUCAACGAAAUUACAAACUGGUCCAGUGGAAACACCUACUUUCACAUGACCAUUGGGAAUCUGGUCAAGGGAGGAACGCUACUAUGUGAGACCCCUCUGGGUUACAAAAUAGAUGACCUGUUGGCCUCCUACAUCGACAUGUAUCUCAACGAGCGGAAAGCGGUGCGCCCCAAAAACCAGCUCUUCCGAAGCUGAAGCCUGCUGUCGUACGUCAGGGCUAGUCAAUCACAUUUUCCACCACACUCACAGUCCAAACUGAAAACCGAUGUCCAACUGUACGGCUCAACAUAGCCUACGCUGUUUCAUGAAUACCAACUGCAGGACUGUUUCCAAAUAGGAAUUUGUUAAUAUUAAAGCACCAUAUGACUCUUGUACAACUCUACAAUUUACUAUAAACCAAAGAUGCACUGUCAGAAUGCGAUGACAUCACUCCUGUCCUGAGUAGAUUAGCUCUGAAUGCUUUCUGUAGUGAUGUUCUUCCCUCUCUACCAUCUUAAUGCUCAAACUUGGUGUUUUGAAGUCACUGACUUAAAGUCAUUGUGGAAAAGUCAUAUAUGUGAAGAUUUAAAAUACAAAAUAAAAAAAAAUAUAUACAGGAUAUCUUUUAAUAUAUGUGAAGGUAUUACACGUAUUUAAACAAUGAUUUUAUAUUGCCAGUUUCAUAUACUUUUGCCCACACAUCAUGGAAUAUAGUGUAAAAUUACAUAUACCUGUGUGUAAAAUAUGCUCUAAUAUAUAGGAAAAAUUAAUGGUGAUUUUUUCAUUUUAUUGUAAAAAUCAAAAAUAAAUGAUUGACAAACCAA